AAUUCAUGAAGGUGGGGGCGUCCUAUGCAAUACGGUAAUUCAAAAUAAACAAAGCGGCGACAACUUUAAUAAAAGUAAAAAGAGCGCAGGAAGAACGGUCUUUUUCAUUUUUAUAAUGAGUCUUUCUCUGAGAUCAGAGUUUAAUUUGGAUAAAGGAAGAAGACGGAAGAGACGAGAGAUUACUGAUGAGCAAAAACAAGAAAUCAAAGAAGCUUUUGAUUUGUUUGAUACAGACUUUGAUGGAGCAAUUGAUUACCAUGAACUCAAGGUAGCAAUGAAGGCACUCGGCUUUGAAGUCAAGAAGGCAGAUGUUUUAAAAGUUCUGAGAGAUUAUGAUAGGGAGAGUACAGGGAAGAUUUCAUUUAAGGAUUUUAAUGAAGUCAUGACAGAUUGGACCCUGGAAAGAGAUCCUCAAGAGGAAAUUCUGAAAGCUUUUAAAUUGUUUGAUGAUGAUGAUUCAGGAAAAAUAAGUUUACGGAACUUGCGUAGAGUGGCACGAGAACUUGGAGAGAACAUGACAGAUGAGGAGUUACGUGCAAUGAUUGAUGAAUUUGAUAAAGAUGGUGAUGGUGAAAUAAAUUCUGAAGAAUUUGUGAGUAUAAUGACUGGCGAUACAUGAUACCAUUCUUAUUGACAUAUAAGGCUUGUGGUCAUCGGAGUGGCAGAGCAGAACACGAACAAAGAAUGCCAACUACUUUACAGGUGCUAAUGAAUCCUGAAGUACUGUAUUGGAAAAUUGAAAAUAAAGUCUCUAUGCCUACCUGGUUAAUUAAUGUACUGUACUAAAUACAAUACAGUGUUUGUGGUGUAUUUGGAUAUCUCUUCCAUCAAUCUGUUGUUAUGUAAGGGCCUGUAUGUAAAUAAUAAAAGCUGAAGAAUUUACUGUAAAACUGGAGUUUAAUAUCAUAGUGGCUUAGCUGUUUUCAGUGUUCUUUGUUAUUUUUUUUUUAUAUAAAAUGAUGAUUAUCAUUGCAAAUAUUGUUUGUCUUUUUGUAGACACGUUUAUAACUUUAUUUUAAGAGAGACUGAAAAUUUUAUUGUGUGUGUAAAGUAUUCCUGGAUGAAAAAUGAAUGUUUUAGUGAAAAGGCUGUUGUGGCCUAAAUGUCAACUUCCUUAAUAAUUUUCAGGAGUUUCUUUAAUAUCAUAGUGGCUUAGCUGUUUUCAGUGUUCUUUGUAUUUUUUGUUUUUAUAUAAAGAUGAUUAUCAUUGCAAAUAUUGUCUUUUUGUAGACACGUUUAUUACUUUAUUUUAAGAAUGAUUUUUUUUUAAUUCAGAAAUCUGUUUUUGAGACUUUGAAAAAUUUAUUGUGUGUGUAAAGUAUUCCUGGAUAAAAAAUGAAUGUUUUAGUGAAAAGGCUGUUGUGGCCUAAAUGUCAACUUCCUUAAUAAUUUGAGACAAAUGAUUAAAAUAGAAUCAAGAACUAUUUUUGCACAGUUCAUCAAUAAAGUAAGUUUGGGAAAAAAUA